UCAGUAAAGCGCAAUUCCGCAUUGGAUAUUUUGUUUCCGCUCCUACCCGAUACAAACAAGAUGGCCGACGUUGUUGAAAUCCAUAAAUUGAAGUUGGCUGAGCUCAAGCAGGAGUGUGCUGUGAGGGGAUUGGAGGUGAAAGGAAACAAAGGUGACCUUAUUGGAAGGUUGCAGGCAUACCUUGAGGAGCAUGAAGAUGAGGUGAAUGAAGAGGAGGUCUUGGGAGAGUUAGAGGACGAUCCUAAAGAGGAGGAAAUCAAUGAAAGACCUGCAGAAGAGGCCGCAGAAGAGGCAGCUGUACCUGAAAAGGAUGCUGAGAAGAAAGUUGUGAAAAUCACUGCUCCAGCAGAUGAGAAGCUGCAAAAGAGGGCGGAGCGUUUCAACCUGCCUGCCGCUGCUGAUAGUAAGAAAGAGGCCCGCGCUGCCAGGUUCGGUUUACCAGCUCCAACGCCGGCUUCCACACCAGGUGCACCAGUUGCGAAUAGCAAACCAACUGUCAGCGUUGAGGUCCUGAAGAAGCGGGCAGAGCGCUUUGGCAUGAAUGUCUCCCCUGUUGCCAAAACGGUUGAAGUUGACGAGAAACUGAAAAAGAGGAAGGAGAGGUUUGGGAUUCUCACCGCUGCUGCUGCAGUUGGGGCUGAAGAUAGUGAGGCAAAGAAGAGGAAACGCGCAGAACGAUUUGGAAAUAAUUGAUUCAAUUUGACGAUUUUUUUUACUUUUUUAAAAAUUUCAUUGUAUUUUUUAAACUUGUAACUCUUGUUUUACAGUGGUAAAAUACCAACCUAUGCUGUUUAGUAAGAACAAAUAUUUACAGUAUGUAAAAGUUUGGAAAUUAAAGAUCUUUUCCAAUUUCC